AUGGCUUCCUCCUCCAAAGCCCUAGGCGAGCUCCUCCGCUCGCCGAAGCGUCUCCGCCCGAUCUCCCUCUCCCCGGAAUCCAUGACCCUCAAAUCCCCCCUCUCCACCCUCCACGCCCCUCCUCUCGCCGCCGGUGAACACCCCUCCGCACUCACGUCGGAGCAGGCGAAGAGGGUCGACGUCGGCCGAUCCCAUUCCCAAUGGAAGCGGAACCUCAGUAUCUGUUCGGAAAGGAUCACGACAAGGAAAGGUACUCAUUCCGAUCCCUAUGUGAAGCUGGGAGAGCUCUUGGUCGAGGAGACAUGGCUGGAGGCUCUCCCCGGCGAGCUUCAGAAACCCUACGCGUAG